UCGGCUCACGUUGCCUCGCCUCGCGGCCUCGAGAUGCCGGACGUACACCCACGUCCCAAUCCACUCCGCCUCGCCGCCUGACACGUCUAUUAAAAUGCCAGGACUUCUCACUCUUCCAUACCCGCCACUUUUAAUGGCCACCGCCGAUUGAGUGGGAGAGCACAGCAAACUCACUGACGAGGCAGGCGGCAGGUGGGAUUGUUGCUUUCUUGUUUUUGAGACAAAAAUGCGCGGCGCCGGUGAUUGCGAGCUGGAGCUCCGGGGCGUAAUGGGGGAGGAGGAGGGGGUUGCGUCGGCGUCGGCGUCGGCGUCGGAGAGGGCAAUGCGGCGGCGGAGGGGGCGGCGUCGGUGGGGAAGAGCCGAGGCGGGCGACAGCUACUCGACGAGCAGCGGCAGCGGCUCCUUCGGCUGCGACUCGCCUUUGGCCGGAUUCGUGCGCGCGGAUGGCGACAUGGACACAGAUCUGGAGACAGACGGGCUGGCCGCCACUUCAUCCUCCAGUGCCUCUGCAGCGUUCACGGAGCCGCACGACGACGAGGAGGAGGCGCAGUGUGGGGUGAAGGGAGAGUGGCAAGAACCGGCCAAGAGUCCGGCGGGCGGCGCCACUGCCAUCCGAGGUACGAGAUUUCGAAGUUUGCGACGUACUAGGUGGUGUGAGGUUUCCCAAUCUUGUAUGCUUGUGUGCUGUUCGACAGAAUGCCAGAGCCAGCGACGGUGCCGGACAGAGGCUGCUUACCUGCACGGUAGGAAGGGGCUGAAGCAGCGGCCAGCCUCGCUCGACUUCGGCAGCGCCGGGUUCAACAGCGGGACUCCGUUUUCUCCGGGCUUUGUGGUUGGAGGUGCCGGGUUUGUAAGCAAGGGACUUGUGUCAUCCCAGAUAAGCUCCGGCGUGUUCCCUAGCCCCGGCACGCCGAGCUACCCGCGGCGGCACCGGCCGUCGGCCUUGGGGUACCAAAAGGGGUGGAGCUCGGAGAGAGUGCCCCUUCCUUCCAAAGGUAAUAAUACUAGGAGGUACCCAGGCAGCAGCAUGGCAUUCCCUCUCAAUAACAGGAGGACAUUGCCCUCAAAAUGGGAGGAUGCGGAGAGGUGGAUCUUCAGUCCCAAGUCAAACUCCGGCGAUGCACGUGAGAAGACCGCCACAUUGCCCCAUGCUCGGCGGCCAAAGGCCAAAAGCGGUCCUCUUGGGCCUCCUGGAAGACUUGGUGGACAGUAUUCAUCUGUAUCUUCAUCCGUGUCUUUGUUUGACAGUGGGAGAGUUGGGCAUUUAGCAGCAAACUCACCUUUCUUGGCUGGAGUACUGAUACCUGAACAUUAUGGUGGGGCGAAAAGUAAUGUUGGGAGGUAUACGAGUGGAACAGCUGGUACCGAAUUCGGUAUUGGCAUAGUUGGCAGGUCUUCUCUAGCAGAUAUCGGGUCUCCUGCUACCCAAUCUACCACGGUGCGCCGACGACUAGAUACUGCAGUCGAGUCAUCUGCGUCAUUGCCUAGCACCCAAGAAUCUGUACAAGAUGAAGAGGCUGAGUUCGUAGAAGAUUCAGCCCCCAUUAUCACCCCUAUAACUUCAAGGAAGGAUACCGCAACUCAAACUAGUCCAGAUCUAAGUAGGUCUUCUUCGCCCAGUGCCAGGCCUUCAUUUGUUCGCUCAUUCUCAAUGCAACAAGCCAAAGAGAGGGAGAGCUGUUUCUCUGAUCUUGAGAUCAGGGAUGUGCAGAUGGAUGAGCGAGUGAGUCUUACCAGAUGGUCCAAGAAACAUGUAACACAAGGCUCUAACAAGAAUUCUACAAAUAUGUUAGAGUGGAAUAAAAAGACGGUGGACUCUAAAUCUUCUUCCUGGGAAUCAUCUGAAACGAAAUGCACAUUAAAGGUUGAGAGAGAAGAAGCAAAACUUACUGCUUGGGAGAAUCUUCAAAAAGCGAAAGCUGAGGCUGCAAUUCAGAAGCUAGUGAUGAAACUCGAGAAGAAACGAUCAUUUUCUCUGGACAGAAUUUUGAACACCCUCAGGUCUGCUCAAAGAAAAGCACAAGGGAUGCGUGAUGCAGCGACAGCAAGCCAAGAUGAACAUCUUUGCAGGAAGGCCAAAAAGACAUCACAUGUUACAAAGAAUGGCCAGAUCAGAUCUCUGAGUGGCUGUUUCACCUGCCAUGCUUUCUAGUAUCAUGCAAUCCCACUACUGAGGAUCUGGUGCUUCAGGCCCUUGAGCAGGGAGGCCCGAGUGAAGUUCAGACAGAGACUCGUGAGUGCAGAAAAUUCAGACAAUCCUCAAUUUCUUACCCCCGUCGCAUUUUGAGAAGAAUAUGCUGCUGCUGCUGCGGCUUGAGCAGGGACCAUGCGUGCGCUGGCUGUCACCAUAUGGAUCUGCUCAUAUGCACAAUCUGCCAAGGGGACAAGAGAAAAAGGAGCCACCGAGGAAAGGAGCGAUGGUGCCUCCGCGUCAUCACAUUUGCCUGCCUGCCUGCUUCUCAUGCUUGACACCACACCCAGCAGGCCAGCAGCUAGCACAAUGGUAAAGGCCUCCUUUAUCGUUGGCCAUUGCUGGCCCUGUGGUUGUAGGCCGUUGCUACCUAGGAGCAAUUUGGCCCUUGCUAGGCUGCUGCUAGCCACGGCGUGCCUGUGCUUCAGGCCGGCCUUGUACGAGUAGGAGGUUUGCUUCAGGUGUAGCCCAGCUGGGUGUGAUUGGAUGUGCCAUUUCUUUUCUUUUUUAUUGCUGCAAUCGUUGCUGCCCUCGUGUCUUGCUUUCAGCGAUAGCAGGUUGCCUGCUUCAAAUGCCGUUUUUGCCGGGA